AUGGAUGAGAAAGCUCUGACAUCAUCAAUUGCCCAGUUUUCAGCAAAGUUCUGCAAUGAACUAGACAAAAAUAAAAGUGUGGUUUCGUCGCCUCUAUCUGCAGAAUUUGUAUUGGCCCUUAUAGCUCUGGGUGCAACAGACCCGGCACAUGAGGAAUUACUAACCACCCUUGGAAUUGCAGAUGAUGAAUCUAUCCGUUCAUCAUUUACUGUGGUUUCUACAAAAUUAAAAUCAAUCAAAGGUGUGACAUUGAAUGUAGCAAACAAGGUGUACAUAAAGGAUGGUAGCUAUGAUCUUGAACCUAAAUUGAAAGAUGACGCCAUCACUGUAUUUGAUGCUGCCUUUGAGAAAGUUAAUUUUGAUGAUGGUCCCGCUGCUGCUGAUCUAAUUAAUAAAUGGGUUGAAAGCAAAACCAAUGAGAAAAUCAAAGAUCUUCUCUCUAGAGACUGUCUUAGUAGUGAUACCAGAUUGGGAACAUGGAAAAAACAAUUUGAUCCAGCAAAUACAAUAGAUCAACCUUUCCACAUAGAUGAAGAGAAGACAGUCAUGGUACCAAUGAUGUAUAAGGAAGAUGAAUUCUUAUAUGGAGAGAGUGAGGAACUCGGGGCACAGCUUCUUAAAAUGCAUUAUGUGGGCGAGGAUGCCAGCAUGUUGAUCGUCCUACCUAACGAGAUCAGCGGUCUUAAUGGCGUGUUGGAAAAAUUGGCCAAUGGCUAUGACCUUAUGGGCGAAGUGGAGAAGAUGUUCUCCACCAAAGUGCAAGUCACAAUUCCCAAGUUCAAGAUUGAGACCGAGAUUGACUUGGCUGAACUGCUGCCAAAGCUUGGAAUAAAGGCAAUCUUUAAUCCUGACAAGUCAGGACUCAAUAAGAUCUUAAAUGUUGAAGAAAGGUUGUAUGUAUCAAAGGCUGUACAAAAAGCCUUUAUCGAAGUCAAUGAGGAAGGCGCAGAGGCUGCCGCAGCUACUGCAAUGGGCAUCGCGUUCUGCUCCGCUAUCCUCGACGAACCUCCCGUGCCUCGAUUCAUAGCGGACAGGCCUUUCCUAACGAUCAUUCUUGUUGAGAACAACCCGUAUUUUAUGGCUAUGCAUAGAGGUGAUUGC